UCAUCUCGUUCUUUAUUCCGACGACCUCUUGACGACUUCCCAUCUCUCGCUUCUCGUUACAGACGGAUUCAUCCGCUUCUAGGCAGACAUUCUUGUGCCCGCCAUGUCCUCGCUCUCGGAGCGCCAGAAGGAUGAGCUUCAUAAGGCCAUUCUCGAAUACUUGCACGCGAACAACUUCACCGACGCGUUCAAUUCAUUAAAGGCGGACGCAGGAAUAGACUAUGAUCCUGAUCCCAAGGCGAAAUAUGCGGGGCUGCUGGAGAAGAAGUGGACGAGCGUGAUACGCCUCCAAAAGAAGAUCAUGGACCUGGAGAAUCGGAAUGCAACUUUGCAGGAGGAGCUUUCCCUAUCUCCCGCUAAACGGGCGCAGAUGCAAACAGACUGGGUGCCGAGAGCACCUGCCGCAUAUGUUCUGACAGGACACCGUGGCCAAAUCCUCAAAGUGGCCUUCCAUCCAGCUUUCAAUUUAAUUGCCUCCGCUAGUGAUGAUUCGACAGUGAAGAUAUGGGAUUGGGAGACUGGAGAGUUUGAGCGAACGUUGAAGGGCCACACACGAGCGGUUAAUGACCUUGAUUUUGACAGUAAAGGCAACCUGCUGGUGACAUGCUCUUCCGAUCUCACCAUCAAGAUUUGGGAUCCACAGAAUGACUGGAGGAACACAAAGACACUCACAAGCCACGAACACACUGUAUCAUCUGUCCGGUUUAUGCCCGGCGACCAACAAAUUGUCAGUGCGAGCCGAGAUCGGACAAUAAGGAUAUUUGAUGUUGCGUCCACGCAUCUGGUGCGCACUAUCGUUGGCCACACUGAUUGGGUCCGAUGCGUGGCACCAUCCGAUGAUGGACGAUUAGUCGCGAGCUGUUCGAACGACCAGACCGCUCGCAUCAGUGAUCCCCUAACGGGAGAGACGAAGAUGGAGUUGAGAGGUCACGAGCAUACACUGGAAGUAGUCGCAUUUGCCCCGGUCUCGUCGUAUGCCGCGAUACGAGAAUUGGGAGGCCUCCCGGAUAAUGACCGGAGCAAGCGGCCUGGAGCAUAUAUUGCCACCGGCUCGAGAGAUAAGACUAUCAAGAUUUGGGACACGAUAAGUGGCCAAAUGAUCCGUAGUCUGGCCGGCCACGACAAUUGGGUGCGCGCACUCGUGUUUCAUCCCACCGGCAAGUUCCUCCUCUCCGCCUCUGACGACUACACAAUACGCGUAUGGGAACUCACGACCGGGAGAUGUAUCAAGACCGUGCAGGCGCACGGGCACUUCGUGACCUGCCUCGCAUGGGGGCGGAUGUCGGGCCCAGAUGAAGCCGCAAAGCCCAAUGGCACUGCUACGGACGACAAAGCCGCAGAAGAGCACAAGUUCGUAAACGUAGUGGCGUCAGGGAGCGUUGACAAGACGAUCAAGAUAUGGCUCCCAUAGCACUGUCUCCUCGUGUUCAUGUGGAUGUGGAUGCGGAUGAGAGUGCGGAACGGCUGGGACCUUUUUAUGUUCUGUGUAUGUGGCUUAACACUAGAUAUAAGGUAAUGGGUUGUGGUUCCUUCAGUACGUUCUGCUCCGGUGAGUGGACCUGUAUUCUUCUGCGAUUCGGUGUCAGAACGUUGAUGGGACCAAAACGUCGAUGCAGCGUUGUACAUGUGUCACUUGUCGCUCCUCGCAUAAUGGCUCCUCCGUCGCAUUCUCCUGCAUCCGCUACUGAUGUUCCGCACGCUCUUACCUGCUCAAGCAUGUUUGUUACCCUACUUUGACUUUAGGUCU